ACCUACGCUUCUCCUCACGGUACAUCUGAGGGCAGUUUGCAUCUCCGUGCUGCCUGUUUUGAACCACCAAUUCCUGUGAAUUAGAUAUCCCAAGACCCAGACAUCACAUACGAAGACAGGAUGGGUUUCGGUGCAGGCGCUGAGGCUAUCUCAGGCAAGCGUGCCGAGCUCGCGGGCAACCGGGUAGGGUGGCGUGGCCUGCUCAGCAGCAAGAAGACCUUUUCCAUCGCGUUAUUUGCCUCGCUUGGUGGUUUUGUCUAUGGAUACAACCAGGGCAUGUUCUCAGAAAUUCUUACCAUGACCUCCUUCAUCCGCGCGACACAACACUACGCCGAAGAGACCGGUACAGCUCAGGGCAUGCUUACAUCAAUUCUGGAACUGGGUGCCUGGGUUGGUACAUUGGCCAACGGAUAUCUUGCAGACUCGCUGGGCCGUCGACUCACGGUUGUUGUAGCUGUGGUAGUGUUCUGCGCCGGUGUGAUCGUGCAGGCAUGUACUAAAGACCCAAGCUAUGUGUUUGGUGGCCGGUUUGUCACCGGUCUGGGAGUGGGUAGUUUGAGUAUGAUUGUCCCACUUUACAAUGCGGAACUGGCACCUCCCGAGAUUCGUGGCUCGCUGGUCGCCGUGCAACAACUCUCGAUCACCUUUGGUAUCAUGGUCAGCUUCUGGAUCUGCUACGGUACCAAUUACAUCGGUGGGACAGGCGACAGCCAAUCUAAAGCAGCCUGGGAGAUUCCGGUUUGUUUGCAGAUUCUGCCAGCCAUUAUUCUAGCUGUGGGAAUGGCCUUCUUCAUGCCUCAGUCACCACGACACCUGAUGAAUCGCGGGCGCGAAGAGGAGUGCUUGAGCACAUUGGCACGACUGCGCGACGCCUCGACCGACGACAUGCUCGUCCGUAUCGAAUAUCUUGAGAUCAAGUCUCUGAAAAUGUUCGAGCAAGAGACCUCCAGGAGAAAGUUCCCUCAGUACCAAGACAACUCAUUCAAGAGCCGCUUCAUGAUCGGUGUGAAAGAAUAUGCUUCGUUGGUGACGGACAAAUCACUCUUCAAGCGGACCACAGUCGCAUGCCUCAUCAUGACCUUCCAGCAAUGGAACGGGAUCAACGCCAUCAACUAUUACGCCCCUCAGAUCUUCAAAGAACUUGACCUCGGCGGAAACACUACCUCGCUGUUGGCCACGGGUGUGGCUGGUAUCUUUGAAUUUGUUUUCACCAUUCCUGCCGUGCUUUGGGUGGACAACAUCGGUCGCAAGAAGAUUUUAUUGGCCGGUGCUGCAGGCAUGGCAAUCUGCCACUUCAUCUGUGCCGGACUGAUCGCCACGUAUGAAGGCGAGUUUGGAAGUCACCGGAGCGCAGGCUGGGCGACGGUGGCCUUUGUGUGGAUUUUCAUCAUCAACUUUGCCUACUCCUGGGGUCCGUGCGCCUGGAUUGUGGUGUCAGAGGUGUUCCCGCUCAGCAUGCGUGCGAAGGGAGUCAGUAUUGGCGGUAGCAGCAACUGGUUGAACAACUUUGGUGUCGGUAUGGCGACGUCCCCUUUCAUCGCCACAUCCGCCUACGGCACCUUCAUUUUCUUCGGCUGUCUCACCGUGAUCGGCUUUCUUUAUGUUUUGUUCUUCGUCCCCGAGACCAAGGGUCGCACACUGGAGGAGAUGGACGAAGUGUUUGGCUCUGAGGGCAUGGCCGCUAACGACGAGGCCCUGCGCCAGCAGAUUGACCGCGACAUCGGUCUUACAGCCCUGCUGCGGGGAGAGAUGGAUGCAUCCGCGGAGAAGAUGACCGCCAAGACGGUGCAUGUGGAUGACGCUGCAGUGUCAUCACCUCACACUACCGAGGCAUAAGGCGUUGGAGGCUGCAGGAUGGCGGUGUGAUCCGGAG